UUUGGCUUGACGCCGGUCCCGGUGAUGCGCAUAUCCUCAGAUUUAAGGGGGGAGGCUUGAGCUGCCCGUACUCUCGUUGUUUUACAGCAUUUAUCCGCCAGGAAUGAUCAAAAUAGACUUGAGGAUUUGUUGAAUUUUUUCGUCAGAACAUAAACGGCACCUCUGUUUCGGACGUUUUGUCAGGGUGAGUUGAACAACUUUAGCACACAGUUUACGGAGGUGAGUGGACUUUUUUUUUCCCAUCGCGAGCGAAACCAUUUGGGAUAAAGCGACAACCAAAAACGACCGCAUAGGCUGCCCUCGCUCAGUGGCGUUGGAAGAGUUUUUUUUUUCCUUGGUAGGUUAUGUAAGAUAAAAGAAGCAGGUCACUCAUGAAAAGCGGAAUUCGGUGUUUAAACUUUGUUGUUUUGGAAAGGGCCCGUUGCUGAAAGUGUUUUUCCGCUCUUUUGAGUGUUUGGCUUUGCGGCGGAGUGGGGGGACGCGCAUUCUUUCUGUGCAGGCGCCGCUCGCUGCUUCCACUCAGGUUUGGCGAAAACAUGCUCAAACUUGCUAGACGUUUCUAGGUAGGAGUGAACCAACUCCUUCGGCGGAGCACACAAUUAAGCCUGGAUAUAUUUUCUUAUUUUAUUUUUUUUGUUGUUGGGAAAGUUUGACCACAUCCAGCCUCAGCCCAGGAGUCUCCUCCAUCCGGCUAACACAGGUCAACACUGGCCCUUCUGCAGCCCCCCACCGAAAAGUUUAGCACGGCGAAUGUCCGGGUGCUGAUGCCCCAGAGGUCUGAAUGGAGUUCCAGUCGCAGAAAAGCCAACAGUUGUAGCUCCCUCAGCAGGAUGCUGGUGAGGCCAAGUGUACUUCUGUUUCUGGCUUUACUCGCUCAGAUUUUGCCAACCCAGUCCGGGCCUGCCAGCACCGAUGAAGUCCCUGUGGAAACCCAAGCGAAGUUGUUCACCCUUUACCCCGGGGAGCGUCUGGAUCUGGGUUGCACUGACAAGGACUCCCAGUCCCACCAGGCUUACAAUUGGACCAAGGACCAUGUGCCGGUGGUGGAUGGAGAACACACACGCAUCCGUGAAGGCCGGCUGAAGAUUGAGACGGUGGAGCCGGCAGACUCUGGCCUGUACGCCUGCACCACCUUCGGCAACCACAGUUCCUACUUCAACGUCACAGUUGAUACCCUGGCAUCAUCUGAGGAUGAAGAUGAGGACGAUGAGUCUUCAUCAGAGGAAGCAAAACUCUUGGGCAGUCAAAAACUGCUGCCAACGGCCCCACAAUGGGCUCAUCCAGAAAAGAUGGAGAAAAAGCUUCAUGCUGUGCCAGCCAGUAAGACUGUCAAGUUUCGAUGCCAAGCUAAUGGCAAUCCAACUCCCACCCUGAAAUGGUUCAAGAAUGGCAAGGAGUUCAAGAGAGAUCAGCGCAUCGGAGGCUUCAAGGUGCGAGACCACGUGUGGACCAUCAUCAUGGAAUCUGUCGUGCCCUCUGACAAGGGGAACUAUACUUGUGUGGUGGAAAACCAAUAUGGCAGCAUCAAUCACACCUACCAGCUAGACGUCGUCGAGCGCUCUCCCCACAGGCCGAUCCUGCAGGCCGGCCUGCCGGCUAAUCGCACCGCAGUGGUGGGCAGUGACGUGGAGUUUGAGUGCAAAGUGUUCAGCGACCCUCAGCCUCACAUCCAGUGGCUGAAACACAUCGAGGUCAACGGGAGCCGCGUUGGCCCUGAUGGCUUACCGUACGUCCGUAUUCUCAAGCAUUCUGGGGUCAAUAGCUCGGACACUCAGGUGCUGACCCUCUACAAUGUGACUGAGGAGGAGAGCGGGGAGUAUAUAUGUAAAGUGUCCAAUUAUAUAGGGGAGGCCAAUCAGUCGGCCUGGCUGACUGUCACCAGAUAUGAGCCCACAGCCGUCCCACACUACCCCCCAGCCAACCACACCUACCUGGAGGUGGUCAUCUACUGUGUGGGCUUCUUCAUCAUCGCUGUCAUGGUGGCCAUCGCCGUUAUAGUCAAAAUGCGCACCUCCUCCAAGAAGAGUGACUUCAACAGUCAGCUGGCCGUCCACAAGCUGGCCAAGAGCAUCCCCCUGCGCAGACAGGUAACAGUGUCUGUGGACUCGAGCUCCUCCAUCCACUCUGGGGUGAUGCUGGUUCGUCCAUCCCGUCUGUCCUCCAGCGGCUCUCCCAUGCUGUCUGGGGUGUCUGAGUAUGAACUGCCCCAGGACCCCCGCUGGGAGCUUCCCAGGGACAGGCUGGUACUCGGGAAACCCCUGGGUGAAGGUUGCUUCGGUCAGGUGGUGAUGGGAGAGGCGCUUGGUCUUGACAAAGAGAAGCCAAACCGUGUGACGAAAGUUGCCGUCAAGAUGCUGAAAUCUGAUGCCACAGAGAAAGACCUGUCAGACUUGAUUUCAGAGAUGGAGAUGAUGAAGAUCAUCGGGAAGCACAAGAACAUCAUUAAUCUGCUGGGAGCCUGCACGCAGGAUGGUCCGUUGUAUGUGAUUGUAGAAUAUGCUUCAAAGGGCAACCUGCGGGAGUAUUUGCGAGUGCGGCGCCCACCAGGCAUGGAAUACUGCUACAACCCUGACCAGGUUCCUGUGGAGAACAUGUCCAUCAAAGACCUGGUAUCCUGUGCCUACCAGGUGGCCCGGGGCAUGGAGUAUCUGGCCUCCAAGAAGUGUAUCCACAGAGAUCUGGCUGCUCGUAAUGUCUUGGUAACAGAGGACAAUGUGAUGAAGAUAGCAGACUUUGGCCUGGCAAGAGACAUCCACCACAUUGAUUACUACAAGAAGACCACCAAUGGUCGUUUACCAGUCAAGUGGAUGGCUCCCGAGGCUCUGUUUGAUCGGAUAUACACGCACCAAAGUGAUGUCUGGUCAUUUGGGGUGCUCCUGUGGGAGAUCUUCACCCUGGGAGGCUCCCCGUACCCUGGGGUCCCAGUGGAAGAGCUGUUUAAGCUGCUGAAGGAGGGUCACCGUAUGGACAAGCCCUCCACCUGCACUCAUGAGCUGUACAUGAUGAUGAGGGACUGCUGGCAUGCUGUGCCCUCUCAGAGACCCACGUUCAAACAGCUGGUGGAGGAUCUUGACCGCUGCCUGGCCAUGACAUCCAACCAGGAGUACUUGGAGCUGUCUGUGCCUCUGGACCAAUAUUCCCCCAGCUACCCCGACACCCGCAGCUCUACCUGCUCCUCGGGCGAGGACUCCGUCUUCUCCCACGACGCCGGAGCCGAGGAGCCCUGCCUGCCAAAGUUGCCUCCCCACUCCAACGGGGCAGCCAUUAAGAAACGCUGAUACCUCAACUGCAUUCAGACAAACGGUGACAUUUCCUCUCCCCCGUCCUCCGCUCCCUGCCUCACGGGGUCGGACUCUUCCCCACAUUCCCAGAGAUGAAGCUAAAACACUGGUGCUCUGUGAGAAGGGGGCUUUUUGAGGCGCCUUCUGGAACUUGUUGGGUCACGUGGACUGAAGAGUGCAGCCGUUUCCUGGUUCCUGGUGGUGAGGUGGCUACGACGUUUAUGGGGCACUUUGUGUUACCAGGAGUGGCAGUUUGCCACAACGCUGGAAAAAGAGCAGACUCCCACUCUUCUCUCCACUUUGGGCAUUCCAUGGGUCAAGAGAGACAAAAAGGACUGACUGUGAUUGUGUCAGUUGUAUUUUUCCAUGUUUGCUCAUCAAUGGUGAAGGAAAGCGUUGUGCUUUUCAGACCAAAUCCAGAAAAUAUAUUACCAAGGGACAUGCAUACCUUGUAUAUGUCAGCACAGUGGUCCGUUGCAUCAUUCAAAAUAUCUUGUAAAUACAGUUAGAAAAUUCUAAAUAUGAAUAUAUAUUUACACUGUACUCUUAUUUUUAUUACCAUAUUUGAUUUAUUUUCUUUUUGUACAAGAAUGCUUUUGUUUGAUCCAUUUUUGAAUAUAGUCCAUAGGGGCAGUUGUUACAUUAAAAUAUCUUACAAUUGUAUGGAGGAUUACUUGGCCAGUUUUUCGCUGUAUCCAUUUUUAUGUCCCCGGCUUUGCUUCCCCCUUACUCUGCUGCAUAAUCAUCAAUGGAAAAAAUGUAUUUUGUUUUUGUUUUCUUUCAGGUACAUUUGGUUUUCACGACAACCUUGGAGUACCAUGUAGCUCAGUGUUUAGGGUGUCUUUUCAUCAGAAGUCAGCCAUGCUCCCUGUAGAAAAAUCCAUAAUGUGUGUGUGUGUGUGUGUGCGCAUGUGUGUGGGCGAAUGUGAGUAUGUGUGCCUGUGUGAGCUGGAGUGUGUCUGCAUACUAGUGUGCGCUUGCAACAACAGGGUGUGCAGAGAAAAAAAAAUGUACUUCAUUUAUCCUUUCUCAGUCAAGAUUGUUUGUUUACUUGAAGGAUGGCCACAACUGUAAAUAUCCUUCGGUUGUAAGCCAUGCUUGUUAAAAAGGAACCAGAGUAAAUUGUUUCAGUCAACAUCAUGCACUUCCACUGUGCAUGCCUCCCAUGUGAUGAACUAAUGUUCAACUGUAAAUGCUUUAACAGGAGUUACAUUUGCUGUCGUAUAACUUCUGAUAAAGGGUUGCAGAACGCGUAUGUCAUCGUAAAAGGAUUACAUUAAAUAAAAUGCUAUUGCAAAACAAACCGUUAAAGCUUUCAGAAUUUGAACUGAACUUAAUAAACAGGUCCAUAAAUAUC